CGAGCUCGCGCUGGCUCCCUUCCCUCCCGUUCUCAGGGGAAGUCUCGCGAGGCUUGGGCGCGGGGCAGCAUAUCGCUUCUGCGGCUCGGAGCGGCGCCAUUUUGGGACGGACUGACUGAGUGGAGCGACUCAGCGAGAGAGGAGUUUGUGCGCGCGGCGGAGGCGGCGAAAGAAGAGAAGAAGGAAGGGAGGGAAGGGCGGCUUUCGGACUCGGGAGCGUUUUGUUUUCCCCGGGACUCCAGCGGCAGUUUGUGCGCGCGCUUUUGUUUUUGUUGUUCCUGCCGCUCUUCGUGGGACGGAAAGGGCGAGCGGAGAGAGAGAGAGAGAGAGAGUCUUGCUUCUUCUCACUGGGUGAUCUGAACUCCUUAGAGUUGCUGAUCCUGACGGCUUAAGAAAGUCGCUGCAAUGUCACUUACUCCCAGGUGAUUUGGAUUCUGAAUGUGAGCCUGGACAACUCGCAGCCCAUUGCCUCAACUUGGGGUUAUGUUUAUGUGCAGCUUCUGAUUUGGUCAAACAGAAGAUUGUUGACUGAAAAAAAGCGGAAUUGAGAUUCAAACCUAUUUGGUGACUUUUCACUUCAAACAGUUUUGAAGCCUUCAAAACCAGGUUGAACAACUCAUGAACUUUUGAAACUGCCUUCUUCCUACUUGGACUGAUUUUGCCCAUAUGGAAUGGAUAAUUGCGUAAACGUAUUAGGCAUUGCAUGUUGCUUUCAAAAAGUAUUUUUACUUUUUAGUGCAAGAAUUUCUAGGGGGAUUUACUUAUUUUGCCAACUACAAGAUUGUAGUGUCUGAGAGUUCCUGACAACUUUUACUAUUUUCAUUUUUAGGAAACCUGUUUUCCCCCUUCAAUGAAAACUGAUUCCUAAAUGAAGAGAUUGAGGUCUUUAUUUUUCAUUUACAUUUUUGGAUUUUUUUUCACCUUGUAAAGAAGCAAUAUGGGAAUAUCAAGAUAGCUGCAAUGUGCAGAUGACUGAAUUGACUCAUAGAAAUGUACUUCAAUUCAAAUUCAGCAUCUGACUUUUGAGUUCUGUUCUUUGUGUCAUAAAAAGUAUUUCUUCUAAAACUGAUGUUCGUGACAGUGAGAUAUACAUGGAAUAGGAAAGUGACAACGUUUCAAAAGAUAAGAAAAGUUGUUAAAAUUAGAUUUGUUUGAUUUCUGGAAAUAACUUUGUGGAGUCAUUAAACGUGAAGAAUGGGUAGCUGAUUUCCGAGAGUCAGUCUCAUACUGCAUAACUACGGAUGUAGUAUCUUUAAGGAACUCGGGAUAUAUUACAAAGGAAACAAACUGGAAAACACAAAUCAUAGAGAAUUAAUGCCAAUCUGUGCAGUUCUCUUGGAUUUUAAUCCAGUGCUGCCUCAAAGAAUAUGUAAGAUGGACAAAACAACCUAGUUCAGAAGUAUUUGCCAUGAGGUGUUGAAGCCUUGUUUCACUGGUUUGGAGAGAUUGGACCUAAAUGGCGCAGCAUGACUUUGCUCCAGCCUGGCUUAAUUUUCCUACUCCACCAUCAUCAUCAAAGUCAUCACUGAAUUUUGAAAAGCAUUCUGAAAGCUUUUCAUGGACAGAGAAUCGUUACGAAGUUAAUCGUAGGCGGCACAACUCUUCUGAUGGAUUUGAUCCUAGUAGUGGCCGUUCAAAUGGAGGUCAUUUAGGAAGAAAAGAGAGAAAUGGUUGGCGUUCCCAAGGUAGAAAUGGCACUGAAAAUACAAACCACAGAGUGGGAUACCAUAGUGGAAGUUCACGUGCUCGAACCAGCAGCUUUCAGUCUGGAAAAAGCCAAGGUUUGCAUGAAAGCAAUGCAUCUGAAUGUGAGAUUAUGAGAAAAGAAGACAAGGGAGAGCCCAAACAAUUUGAAGCUGAAGACUUUCCAUCCCUGAACCCUGAAUAUGAGAGAGAACCAAACCAGAAUAAAUCAUUAACUGCAGGUGUUUGGGAAUAUCCUCUGAAUCCUAAAUCUAGAUCUCCACGAAUGCUAGUUAUUAAAAAGGGCAGUACAAAAGAUUUACAGAUAUCUGGAUUCCCUGUGGGAGGAAAUAUUCAUUCACAGUCAGUCAAGAAUGGAACUGGUGCAAGUGUGUACAAAGGUUUAGUCCCUAAACCUGUCAUUCCAUCAGCAAAGACUACUCAGUGGAAAAGCCAAACAAAAGAAAACAAACAUGGGCCUCCUUUUACUCAUGAUUCCCCGUAUGGUAUUGGAAACUUUAGUGCUUUCAAAUCUACUUCAAAGGCUGUUGGAUCACAGAGUUCAGUGAAAGAGUAUAAUCGGUCAAAUUCUUCAUCCCCUGUUGAUAAACUUGGCCAGCCUCGUUUAACCAAAUUGACACGAAUGCGCACAGAUAAGAAGAGUGAAUUUUUGAAGACGUUGAAACGUGAUCGAGUGGAAGAGGAACACGAUGAGAACUGUGUAGGGCAAGAGAAGGAUGAUGAUGAUGAUGAUGACUUUAAUUUACAUAACAGCAACAAUGGUCACCAAGAGAGGGACAUAAACCGGAAUUUUGAAAAUGAAAUUCCCCAAGAGAAUCGAAAUGCUGCAGUGAUGUCUCAGCAGCUCAUCCAAUCUUCAGCAUUUCCUGAGACUGAUGUCCUUUCAAGCUCGCUUGAAGCAGAGCAUCGAUUGCUAAAAGAAAUGGGUUGGCAGGAAGACAGUGAAAAUGAUGAAACGUGUGCUCCACUAACUGAGGAUGAAAUGAGGGAAUUUCAGGUCAUUAGCGAACAGCUACAAAAGAAUGGCCUUAGGAAAAAUGGUAUUCUAAAAAAUGGCCUCAUCUGUGACUUCAAAUUUAGUCCAUGGAAAAACAGCACUUUCCAACCAACACUUGAGAAUGAAGACACGGAGACUAGCAGCAGUGACACAUCAGACGAUGAUGAUGUGUGAAAAUUGCUUGAGAACUUAAGGAUUUCUAUCUUGCAUCUCAUACAAUUUGAGAAUGAAUUGUUCAGAAGAGGGGAGAACUAUAAUUUUUCAUAGUGAUAUGCCCCAUUAGAGGAAGGAUCUUUGGGACUCUUCGUGAAGGAACCUAAGAAUGUUGUGCUGAUGAACUGUUUUCUAAACAUGACCUUUUCUUUGUAAGUGGAUGUUAUAGAAAAUGAGGACUUUGCUCCAACAUAGACUUUCUUCAUCACUGCAGCAUUUCUCUGACUAGCAAUGUCACAAUGUAAGAGAAUGAGAUUUUCUCAUUUAAUAAUAAAAAAAGAUUAUGUAAUGUUUGGCAAAAUUUUUGUCUAAAAACUGUGCAGGUCUACAGGAGAAAAGGGCACCUUGACACAGUUUGUUACUUACUGAAACCAAUUUAUUUUACAGUGGAAUUCUCCAAUGUUCACUUUGUGCACAGACAAUAGACAGUGUAGCAUGUUGGCUAAUAUGACAAAAGUGCACUAAAACAUCCAUUUCCUGAACUGUUAUAAUUGUUCCACUUCUUGAAACAUACCAGUAAUUAUCCAGAAGUUUGUACUACAGUAAUUAUGGAAAAUACUUGCUUCAAUUCCAAAACUCACAGAAAUGGUGUAAAUGAAAAGCUUUAUUUGGAUGCUGCAAGACCCAGGAAUCUGGAUCCUCCCCAAUGGGCACUGAUUCUUGUGGGGAAAAUAAACAUUAUUUUGAUAAAUUA